AUGCUGGAGGAUUCACACUGGGGUGGCUUUCUGAUGCCCAGCUCUAUGUCCCGGGCAAAAGCCAUGGGUAUCCGAAAACACAUCCAGUUUCUUGCGGGUGUCUUUGCACAAGCCCCUACUGUCGAUGAACCCUGCAACCUUCACCGAAAAAAGAGGGUUCCCAGGCAUUUUGUUGAUGUUCCUCCCUCACCUGAAGGGUGGGAACGUCGCUUCUUUAAUGUCACUGGGAAUGGUUGGGAGUAUGGAGAUGGGGCUAUGGAUGUCAUCCAGGUCCCACGCUCCUGGGGGCGUAUUGUGAACUUGGGUAAGAUGAAGUUGAGUUUGGCUUCUGCCGAAGCUAGCGGGGUAUAUGAACUCUGCCAGCUCGUGACGAAGCCCUUCGGAGAGCUGGUCAUUACCCAGGUCCUUUUCAAGUUUGGGCUAGGCCCUGCCCCAAUUGUUGCUCCGGUUGCAGCCCCAGAAGUUGCCCCUUCUGUCGUUCCUUAG